CAAAGAGCCGGCUCUUUUUACCGGCUCGUUCGCGACCGACACAUUACUAAAUGCUGCCAUCUCUCGAUUGAACGAAGUACUGGGCAGAAUGAUGGCAAACGGAAGUUUCACUUUCGCUUGGUUAGAAAAGAAACAUUGGGAUUGGAUCCUGUAUCGAGCGAGCAGUUUGAACCAUGGAUGUGGAUGUGGACGACUUAAUCCAUGAGUAUCUCAUCGAAAGCUUUCGGCCGAGGCUCCGAACGUACGUCGCAGUGCAACCUGUUCUGGACCUUCUGCAUUUCCUCGAACCGGAGUAGAAGGACCGCGUCCGACAAAAGGCCCGGAACGAUGGCAACUCGGCGGCGGCGGACGUCCUGGUGGGCGCCGUCCUCCGCAAGCCGCACCCGGCGUUCCAGGCCUUCGUGGACGCCUUGUCCAACGCCGAAUGCCGACAGGCGGCCGACUACUUGCGGCAAAAGUUACCCGACCCCGCGGUGGAAGCUAAAAACGACAACUGCAUGCGAAUGAUUCACAUCCUGGUGCCCAGUCUGGUGGGAAUGAACACGAAACAGGUGUGCAUGCACUGUUUUUCGCGCAAACUUAUCACCAAGGACGACCAAGACGAAAUUCUUCACUUAGCAGACAAUCAAGGACUCAGAGAUGCUGCUCGUGAACUUGUGAGGUGUCCCCCGGGAUGGUAUUCUGAUUUUGUCCAAAUUCUGUUUGACACCGAACACGUGGACUUGUACAAACUGAUGGGAGGCUCCUCUGCCUGCGAUGCCACAGAUGAGACUACAGGAAGUGACCUAGUAAAAAAAAGUCCAGAAAGUACUCCAUGUCAACUGUUGGAUCAGAAGGACAAUGAGGAUGACAUCACAGAAAGGUGUGACCCGAGCACAGCUGCCGGAGGCCCAGAUAAAGCUGAUGUUGUUCUUCGGGACUAUCAGAUGGACGUGGCUAAACCCGCCUCGGAGGGGAAAAACAUCAUCAUAUGCCCCCCCACCGGAAGUGGUAAAACCAGGGUCGCGGGGAAAACAGGCAAAGUGGUCGUCCUGCUGAACACGAUUUGCAGUCCAAAUGUCACAGAAUUGUCCCAAAGGUGUAUUUUUUUUUUUUUUUUUCAGAUUAAAGCAGGCGCGUUGAGUAGACCUCAACCGAGGCCAAAAACCUUCAUCCGGUCCGCCCCUCAAAAAGCAGCUAGCAUAUCAUUUUCGGAAUGCAUUAGUUUCUGUCUUUGUCUUACAUUCCCAGAUAUCGCCCUGAUUAUAAUCGACGAGUGCCAUCACACUAAGAAGGGGGAGGUCUACAACCGAUUGAUGAUGCGUUACCUGAAGCAGAAGAACAGGAACAGGAUGUUGAAGAAGGAGCAGAAGGACCUACCUCAGAUCCUGGGGGUGACGGCCUCACUAGGGGUCGGCGACGCCACAGAACUGAAGAAGGCGGAGAAAAACAUUUUGCAGAUUUCUGCUAACUUGGAUGCCUCCCAAAUCCAGACUGGGGAUCUCAAGAAUUACAGCAAUGAGCCAGAGGAAAAAAAAAUUGUGCUUGUGGAAGACAAAGAAAAGGACCCGUUUGGUGAUGUCAUCAAGAAUAUCAUGAAUGUUAUUGACAUUUAUGCCAACCUGAGCCCCACCUGUGAGCUCGGAUCUCAGAACUAUGAACAAUGGGUGGUCCAAUACGAGCAACAUGCCGCCAAAGAGGAAGCUCAGGAAGUACGGAUUUGCAUGGAGCACCUUCGACGAUACAACGACGCCCUGAUCGUCAGCAACGCUAUUCGCAUGAGUGACGCCUUCCAUUCCCUGAAAAAAAAACACAAGGAAGAGAUAAAGAGUAAAAGCAGCCCCGACGAGGAACACGUCAUCAACAUUACCGAUCCUGAGCGAGUCCUCUUCAAUUUAUUCCAAGACAACAAGGAGGAACUUGAGAAGCUUUCUCAGAACCCAUCUUACGAAAUCCAAACAAAUGUUCUGUACGAGUUCACCACCAGGGAGCACGCCAGGGGAAUCGUUUUCACCAAAAUGUGACAAAGCGCCAUCGCUCUCAGUCACUGGAUUCAGGAGAACCCCAAGUUUGUCGACGUUGGCGUCAAAGUGUCGAAUGUCAUCGGAGGCGGAGACCAGAGUGUUGUCAAACCGAUGACGCCUGCUGAGCAGAAGGAUGUGCUGAGCAAAUUCCGCAGUGGUGCUGUCAACUUGCUGAUCGCCACCUCGGUGGCUCAGGAAGGUUUGGACAUAACGGCGUGCAACUUUGUCAUCUGCUACGGCCUCGUGACCAACGAGAUUGCUAUGAUACAGGCUCGAGGCAGAGCUCGAGCUAAGGACAGCUUGGGGGAUUUCGGCAAGUUCAUUCCCGUUUUCUCGGAUAAAAUGCUUAGGUGGAGCGGUUCACACUUGGACGCGGAUGAAACAAACCUCAUUGAUAAAAAUCUGACGUGCUGA